AUGGCUCCAUCUUCAUCAACAAACUCCGGCAUCACCACAGACGAGACCAGCGGAGAGCGUCACAUUCCCGAGUCCGUUCGAGCUGACGGGAGCACGCGAAAGGCCAUCAAGAUCCGGCCCGGCUACCAGCCACCCGAAGAUGUCCAAGUCUACAAGAACCGAACAGCAGAGGCCUUUCGUGAGCGAGGAAAGCGAGUCGGCAUACCCGGCGCCGCUGGGUUGCAAGAUGAGAAGCCAGAGCAGGGCUCCGCUGCAAGCAAUAAGAAUGCAAAACGGCGAGAGGCUCGGAAGAAGGCCAAGGCUGACGGCGACACCAAGGCUGAUACUCCAGCCGCGACUACGGAAGAUGCUGCCGAAUCCAAGACAGAAGAGGUUGAUCCUGAAAUCGAGCGCGAAAAGAAAGCUAGGAGUCUUAAGAAGAAGCUGAAGCAAGCCAAGGAGCUCAAGCAGAAGAAGGAUGGCGGCGAGGGGCUGUUGCCUGAGCAGAUUGCAAAGGUCAUCAAGAUCAACGAGCUCAUCCGGGAAUUGGAUGCCCUCGGAUUCGACGCGGAGGGAGAGCCAAAGACCGAGGCGCAAGAUGAUGCGGCUGAAAACAGCGAGAAGAACUGA